AGCAGGAGGCGUUGUGUUGCGAAAAAGAGGGUGGGAACAGUACAAGCUCGUCAGCGGAGCAGCGGUUCACAUAAGACUUCAGGUUACAUCAGAGAGGAUAGUAAUCUUUGGGCACUCCAAGAUUUCUAGUGCAAGGACUGCUCAAUACCCAAGGGUUGAAGGGGUUGAAAACGUCUAGCCUGCCUCCGUCCCCUUCGAAUUGAUUCAACAUGAAGCUCAAGAGAUUUCUACUUCGUUACUAUCCUCCUGGUAUUAUUCUUGAAUACGAGACUAACGCAGAGCUGAAACAGAAGACCAUCGACUUGCUCGAUCUCACGGUUGAGACUGACGUGGAGGUCUUGCUCAAUCGCAUUGUGCGUCAAGAACCCUUGAUCACUGAAUCAAAACGCCCGCAUGUCAGAAAGCUUCUUUACAAACUCAUCGAAAAACAAGACUGCCAGGAGAGUCAGCAGUUCUAUCUCUUCAAAAUUCUUCGAGCCCACAUUCUUCCUUUGACUAAUUGUGCAUUCAACAAGAACGGGGACAAGUUCAUUACGGGAUCCUACGACAGAACCUGCAAAGUCUGGAACACCCUGACUGGUGAGGAGCUUCUCACACUGGAAGGCCACAAGAAUGUCGUUUACGCCAUUGCAUUCAACAAUCCUUAUGGCGACAAAGUGAUCACGGGUUCUUUUGACAAGACUUGCAAAGUAUGGAACUCAGAGACUGGGGAGCUGUACCACACAUUGAGAGGUCAUGCCACGGAGAUCGUCUGCUUGUCCUUCAAUCCUCAGGGCUCCAUCAUCUCCACAGGGUCCAUGGACAACACAGCAAAGUUAUGGGAUACCGAGACUGGCGUAGAGCUCUGCACGCUGAUUGGACAUACGGCAGAGAUUGUCAGUUUGAGUUUCAACCAGACAGGAGACAAGCUCAUCACUGGUUCUUUUGAUCACACGACAAAACUGUGGGAUGUGAGGUCGGGUCGUUGCAUCCACACCUUCCAGGGUCAUAGAGGAGAAAUCUCCAGCUGCCAGUUCGAUUGGGAGGGAGGCAAGUGCAUCACCGGGUCCAUUGAUCGCACGUGCAAACUUUGGGAUGUGAAGUCAGGGCAGUGCAUCAAUACCUUGCGAGGUCACAGCGACGAGAUCCUCGAUGUCUCCUUCAACGCCACCGGAAGCCGACUGGUGACGGCGUCAGCGGACGGGACAGCGCGAGUAUACAACACCAUGACUGGCGCGUGCGUGUCCAUCCUUGUCGGGCACGAAGGGGAGAUCUCAAAGGUGUGCUUCAAUCCGCAAGGAACCAAGAUCAUCACGGCGAGCAGUGACAAGACCUGCCACAUCUGGUCGAGCGAUACCGGGGAGUGCCUGCAGAUCCUAGAAGGACAUAUAGACGAGAUCUUCUCCUGCGCGUUCAACUACGAGGGUGACACCAUCAUCACUGGGUCCAAGGAUAACACGUGCCGCAUUUGGAAGUGCUAG